AUGAAGACGACUAGUAAUGCAAGGGGAGAUGAUCUUAAACCUCUCAGGCUUUUAGAUGUUGUACUCUCAUGGCCCCUCGAGGAUGUUCUUAACGAAAAUCUUUAUGAAGACAAGGUUCUUAAAAUUCCAGAGACGUUUGAGUCAGCAACAGAUUACAAGAACUCUUUCAUUCCUCUACUCUUUGAGGAAACACGCGCCGAUUUAUCUCCAAGCUUGUCUGCCGUGUCUCGAGCUCCUUUCUGUGAAAUCAAGGAAGUUGUGAGUAGCCAGCAAUUGAAACUUCCCAAAGCUCCAAAGGAAUUCAAACAGUUCCGUCAUAUAAUACAGUUGAAGAGUACAACCGACACUGGGGAAGAUGGUGAAAAUUAUGAACCUGGAAAUGGAGAUCUCAUUGUUUUUACGAACAUUAGACCCAAGAGCUUAGAUGACUUGAACACACUCAAAAGCCCCUACCAUAUUGCUUAUGUUGUUCAUGCAAAAGACCGUUAUGAUAGAAUCUCAGUUCUUUCAUCCAAAUGCAUGAAGAUGUUUAUAGAAAAUGAAUUUCGGAAUAACAAUGAGCAGAAACUGUAUGCACUUCACCUUAUUAACAUUACAACAAAUAUUCGCACUUCGGACACAUUGAAUUCACCCCAUAGGGCCACGGAAACCAAAGUUGUGAAGCAUGAAGAAGUCUUUUUUUUCAUUUCUCUCUCUUGGAAGUGGUUCUUGUAA